UCGCAGGUAUGUGCACAUAUACCGUACGAUAUAAAGGGGAUUCUAAAAUCCCCGAGCGUACCGAUGUUCUAUACGACGUUGGAUUAGUAUAGUAUACGUGUGUUAGUGUCAUAUAUAUACUAAGUAAAUCCAUUGAUUUGUUUAAAACUUUGACGAAACGAGCGACUACCUGAUGAUUAUCGCGAGAAUAAAACGUUACGCGAGCGUACGAGCUCUUUUUAUAAGAAACUUCAAAAUAUUCUAACCGAUAAUUGCGAAUGUGCAAAAAGGUUUAUGUCAAGGUGGGUCGGUCAGAGAUAACUGUAAAAUGUCAUUGACGAAUGUGUGUCAGGCAUGGAGUUGACGCUCCUCGAUGACACUUGUGGAAACAAUCGACUUGAAAAUCGCGCAAUUUUUAAUUUAACUUGACUCUAAGGAAUAUCAACGUAAUCCGUAAAGUACGUACAUGUUGUUUUUUAUUUAAUAAGAUUUUAAACGUGCACUUAAGGAGAAAGAGAAAAAAAAGAAAAGGGCAAAGAAAAAGAAAAGAAAAAAAGAAAAAAAAAAAAGAAAAAAGAAAAAAGAGACAAUAUUUUGAAACUUCAUUUUCUCUUGCAUUUUUUGUCUCCUGUUAUAGAACAAUUGUUUUUCCACAAAAAUGCAUCAAAUACUCGCUCAGCAAUACCAAGAGAUCUACCAAGUUUUUGACAGAUGUUUCAGUUAACGACAUAUAUAGGAUUGCUCCUGAAUUUUCUAAUCAGCUUCACAUCCAUGUAUAAAAUAAGAACUGGUAAAAUCAUGGAGGGACCAGAAGUUACAUUUCUAUUUCAAUUUGGUUUAACUCGUGAUACAGUCACUGUUGAAGCUAGUACAUUGACACUUAAGGCUUUAAAAGAUUUUGCGUGUAAUUUUAUAAAUGCCAAGUGUCCAGAUCAUGGGUUAAGUCAUCUAUAUGAGAGAUUGCUUCUGUUCAAGCAUGAUUAUAGUUCUACAAAUAUUUUACAACUUAUAACAAAUGCAAUGGAGGUUGUAGAUGAAACAUUAGUUGAAAUUGUUCUGACUGCUCAAGUGCCAAGUGAAGAUGUUCCCAUUCGUCCUCAUGCUUUAACAGUUCAUUCUUAUAAGGUUCCAACAUUUUGUGAUUUUUGUGGUGAGAUGUUAUUUGGUCUUGUGCGACAAGGUCUUAAAUGUGAAGGUUGUGGUAUGAAUUAUCAUAAACGUUGUGUUACUAAAGUACCUAAUAACUGCUCGCAAGAUAGCAGCCAAAGGCGGCGUAGUUCUGCAAUGUUAAAUGUGCCAAGAUCACCGAGUCAAGGAUCCACGAGCAGCUUGACCAGCAUUAGUGAUGACAAUCAUAGUGCAAAUAACACAUCUAAUCCAAAUCAAAGUAAUAAUACUUUGGCAGUUCCAAGUAUAGUUACUCCAAAACAAUCUCGUUCCCCAUCAUUGAGUGGAAAAACAAUUUGGGUUGAGAAAGAAGUUGCAACUCGUAUAAAAAUUCCACAUACAUUUGUAUUGCAUACAUAUACGCGACCGACAGUAUGCGGGCAUUGCAAAAAAUUGUUAAGAGGCUUAUUCAAGCAAGGCCUACAGUGUAAAGAUUGUCAAUACAAUGCUCACAAAAAAUGUAUUGAAAAAAUUCCAAAAGAUUGUAUUGGAGAGAAUCCACGUGAUAAUACUGGGAACGAAUAUCCUGAUAGUGGUGUCGGUAGUGAACCAGAAGGUAAAUGUGAUGGUAGAAAUGAAGAAGGAGAUGGGGAUAGUGAUACAGAAUUACUUUUGCCCGUUAAAAUGUCUACGUACAUAACAGAUGAAAAUAAAACACCUGAUGAGUAUACAGAUCACAUACCAACGAAUGAAGAUGUUAAUUAUGAUGAAUUUCAAAAAUCUAGACCAUCUAGUUGCAGUUCUACUCCAAGUAAUAACAUUCCAUUAAUGCGUAUAGUUCAAAGUGUUAAGCAUACGAAACGACGUGGUUCAAAAGUUUUGAAAGAAGGUUGGAUGGUACAUUUUACAAAUCGCGAUCCUGUGAGAAAAAAACAUUAUUGGCGACUUGAUACAAAGGCUAUAACACUUUUCCAAAGUGAUAGUAGCUCUAAAUAUUAUAAGGAAAUUCCACUUGCUGAAAUUCUAUCGAUCGAAACAGCUAAAAUACUUCGUUCGCAUAUAAUGCAUUGUUUUGAAUUAAAAACCUCAACCAUUGAUUAUUACGUUGGAGAAGAUCCAACCUAUGGUGAUAACAAUGGUCAAGUUCCUGCACCAGAAAGUGGCAUAGGUGUACACGUAGCUAGAUCAUGGGAAACUAAUAUUAGACAAGCACUUAUGCCUGUAACUACAGCUUCCACUAUUGCAGACCAAGAAGAUCCUACAGAACCAGAAGAAAAUGUGACCGACAUGUCGCAAUUAUAUCAGAUAUUUCCAGAUGAAGUUUUAGGAUCAGGACAAUUUGGUAUAGUUUAUGGUGGUGUGCACCGUAAAAGUGGUAGAGCAGUUGCCAUUAAAGUUAUAGAUAAAUUACGUUUUCCUACGAAACAAGAAGCACAACUUAAGAAUGAAGUGGCUAUUUUACAAAAUCUAUCUCAUAGCGGUGUCGUCAAUUUGGAGCGUAUGUUCGAGACGCCAGAACGAAUAUUUGUUGUUAUGGAGAAAUUGAAAGGUGAUAUGUUAGAGAUGAUAUUAAAUUCGGAAAAGGGACGUUUAAGUGAAAGGAUAACGAAAUUUCUUAUCACUCAAAUUCUGGUUGCGUUGAAGCAUUUACAUAGUAAAAAUAUAGUUCAUUGCGAUUUGAAACCUGAAAAUGUUUUACUCAGUAGUGACAAUGAAUUUACUCAAGUGAAACUCUGUGAUUUUGGUUUCGCACGAAUUAUCGGAGAGAAAAGUUUUAGAAGAAGUGUUGUCGGAACACCAGCGUAUUUAGCUCCCGAAGUUUUGAGAAAUAAGGGCUAUAAUCGUUCUUUGGAUAUGUGGAGCGUAGGAGUUAUUAUUUACGUAUCUUUAAGUGGUACAUUUCCAUUCAACGAGGAAGAGGACAUCAACGAACAAAUUCAAAAUGCUGCAUUUAUGUAUCCACCUACGCCUUGGAAAGAAAUUUCAUCCGAUGCUAUUGAUUUAAUCAACAAUUUAUUACAAGUAAAGCAAAGAAAAAGAUAUACGGUAGAUAAAAGUUUACAACAUGUCUGGUUACAGGAUUAUCAAACAUGGUGCGAUUUAAGAGAACUGGAAACAAAAGUAGGAUACCGUUAUUUAACUCACGAGAGCGAUGAUGCUCGUUGGACGGCAUAUGGUGAUCAUUGUACAUGACAGAACCAUCCGCCUACUAUAAACAUCGAAUCAUUGCCAAUCCCUUUGCCAAUACACAAAGGCUGGGUUCGUUGUGCUCGAGCAACGUUGCGACGAUUCAUUCGUGCCUGAAUUGAAACAAGUGCAUGCAAAGUAGAGUAAAUAUCAUCUUUCGCUUUAAAUGUAUCUAUUUCGUUAUGAUAUAGAUAUCGUAGUUACUGAUCUACCGAUCUUAAAAAUACAUAUUACAGAUAUCACAUUUAAGCAACUUUGUUCAAAAGUAUAAUGUUGAAUUAAUAGAUAUAACAAUAUUGUGAGACAAAUGCAUCAAAAGGCCUUUCCAGUCUUCACAUGAUACAUGUUUUUAUAAUAUAAUCGUCUCUUCAUGAAAUUUUUCUAGUACUCGAUGUUCGACUAAUCGUAAGAAAAUGAUGUUUCGAUCAAUUUGAAAUUUAAUAUUAUUGAAACUAAGCUUUUAGCCUUACGUUGUUACGCGUGUAUUGAUAUAAAAGUAGGAUUCAAAGUAAAAUACGCUAGUAUAUAAUUUUUCAAGUAUUACACGAUUAAAAAUGAUUGCUUCGAAAUGAAUGGGGCGUAAAAAAAGAAAAAAAGAAAACAAAAAAAAAAAAAGAAAAGAAGAGAAAUCUAUUUGUACAAAUUUUUUGAAAGAGGAGUCAAUAAGUUUGAAUUCCCAUUGAGCACAUAAUACAACAACAUUCCUCAUCAAUCUUUGAUGAGAAUCUACGUAAUGAAACUAAGGAUUAUAUGCUUAUAUUGGUUUGCAAAUUUAUAAAAUUUAUAUAUGCAUAUACAUAUACAUAUGUGCCCAUAUAAAGAAUUUGUAAUAUAAUGAGUAUAUUAAACAUCUUAUAAAAGUUCAUUUUCUCUAUAAGAUGUUAUGAGAAAUGUAACCGUAUUUUAUGAUAAGAUUAAUGUUAAAUCGCAAUUAUGUAAUUUUUUUUAUGCAACUGCAUUUAUCAGUGAAUUGUUAUUCUUUAAAGAUAUAAAACAAACAUUCCACUGCAGAUAUAAUAGUAAACAAAUAAUAUUCCAUUUUAGUUUAAUCAGUAAAGAUAUAUAUUUUUUAGCACUUUACAAUGUGCAAAUUAAAUCCAUGACACUACAUAACAAUUAUAGAUUUUCCUUGAUUUAAAGAUCUACUUCAUUUAUUUAUUAUUAAUAAUUAAAAGUUAUUCUUAAGAAACAACGAUACAAGUAAUAUAACAGAAAACAUAUACGGUAUAGUUUUAAACUUUCUCUUUACUACAUUGAAAUAUAAAUUGCUAUAUUACAUACCCCCAUUUAAAAAUAUACAAUUAGAAAAUUAUUUUUUAAGGAUUUCCAUAUUACUUCAUUAAAUAUUAAAUAUUUCCUGUUAAAAACAAUAGAUAGAAUUUUCUUAAAUAAUUUGUAUGAAUUUGACAGAAGGAAAUUUUUCUUGAUCAUGUUUGGAAGUAUUUAAAAAAAUUACAAUUAGCAUUUAAAGACUGAAGAAUUUCUUGGAAACGACACAAUAUACAAAAUAUUUUAAUAUACUAGGUAGAGAACAUAUAAUAAACAUUGUAUACUAUCAUGUGCUAUAAAGAACAUUCCGUUGAUGUGUAAUUAGAUUGUUUUCAACUGUAAUUAAUUGCAAUAGCUAAUAUAAGUCAAUAAUCACUAAAUAACAUUUAACAUAAUGUUAAUUAUUUACUUACAUGCUGGAAAUUAUUCGAAAUCUCUUACCUAUUAUUAAUCUAUAUAUUUAAUUUUGGCAUCUGUAUAAUUCUGUUAAACAGGAUAAUGUGUAACAUAUUUUUAAUAAAAUAUUUUACUAUGAAUAUAA